CCACUGCCCACUCAGUCAGGUUGAGUCACACACCCUGACGGCCCAAGUAAGCACGUUGCUGGCCGCCCGUCUGACCUCGGGAACGCGCACGGGCAGGUAGCCGGAUCCGGCGUGUCCGUUCGCGCCGUGCCCAUUCCCCAAGCCGUUUGCAUCCUCUCCUCACGCCCAGCUGCCUUGAUGUCGCGUCUCUCUUGCUUGGAAGUCUAAAGCGUACGAAAACUCUAAACAACGCCGUGAUCGAUGCGCGCGCCUGCAACAGCGGAACGUGCUGAUGCAGCCGUCAAUGGCAACCAGUAACCACCCCGGCAAGCAACAGGCAGCAACGCUGGCACCACGCGCUCUUUCAGAGUCUCGGCUCCCUCGAUCUGCUGCCGCCUAUCCUGAUCGCAGCAGAUGAACAGGACGCCAACGAGGAGGAAGCGGAGGCUCUCCCCGGCCAGCACGCAGCCGCGCCUCCUCGCCGUGGCCAUCGCUGUCGGGUCCACGCUCCUCUUCCUCGUCCUCUUCCUCGUGCUCCUCUCCACCUCACCUCCCCCGGCGCCGUCGUCCCGCCUCGCCAGGGGCAGAAGAUCCUCCCCCUCCACGGCGCUGCCACGCUGCGGCGACGCGGGCCUCGGGGAGCUCGGCGACGCGAUGGUGUCCAUGCUCCCCAAGGACCUCCCGUUCACCGUCUUCGUGCCGUCGCCGGCCUCGUUCCGCCGCGUCCUGAAGCUGCAGGGGUCCAACGCCAGCGCCGCCGCCGAGGGCGACGACAACACCUCCGCCGUCCUCUCCCGCGUGCUGGGCUUCUCCGCGGUGCCCCGGCGCCUGCUCGCCGCGGACGUGCCGCCGCGCGGGCCGGCGCGCCUCCUGGACUCCGUGUCCGGGCUGAGGAUCCGCGCCUCCCGGGACGCCGCGCGCGGGGCGGUCUUCGUCAACGGCGUGCGGUCCGUGUGCGCCGACAUCGUCAGGGGCGAGACCGUGGUGCACGUCGUGGCGGGCGUCCUCAUGGACGCUGAGUUUGAGCGCUCGUUCACGGUGGAAUCUGACGGCUGAUCGUGUCAUCAGACACGGUUUCCGCUUCUGCGUUUCUUUCUUUGUUCCAAAGCGGAAUUUGCGCGACAAUGCACAAUACAUUCCCAAAUUCUCUAAAAAACGAUAUAUUUGCAAAUGCGAGACCAUGGUGCAUGUGCCAUGUCAUGGCGGAUUCCCAUCUGUUUCUGGGAUGUAGCAACUUGAUAGAUGGAUUUCGAACUCCUUUUCAAUGAAAAAAGUUAUCAC